UCGUUUCACUAGACAGCAAACACCCGCAGUUUGGUGAAGCUCCAGAAAACACCAGAACAUCUAGAGAGGAGUCCGUCUCAUAAAAAAAAACAACAACAACAAAAAAGUAGCAAAACCAACUACUGCAGCGACCCUGAAAACACACAGAAAUGGACGAAAAGGCGUUCACGAAAGAACUUGAUCAGUGGAUCGAGCAGCUCAACGAGUGCAAGCAGCUGACGGAGGGACAAGUGAAAAGUCUGUGUGAAAAGGCAAAGGAAAUCCUGACAAAGGAGUCAAAUGUCCAGGAGGUGAGAUGUCCAGUGACAGUGUGUGGUGAUGUGCACGGGCAGUUCCACGACCUCAUGGAGUUAUUCAAGAUAGGAGGAAAAUCUCCAGACACAAACUACCUGUUCAUGGGAGACUACGUGGACAGAGGGUACUACUCUGUAGAAACCGUCACUUUAUUAGUAGCACUUAAGGUACGUUACCGGGAGCGCAUCACAAUCCUCAGAGGGAACCACGAGAGCAGACAGAUCACACAAGUGUACGGCUUCUAUGACGAGUGCCUAAGGAAGUAUGGUAACGCCAACGUGUGGAAGUUCUUCACAGACCUAUUCGAUUACCUCCCCCUCACUGCCUUGGUAGACUCUCAGAUUUUCUGUCUUCAUGGAGGCCUGUCACCGUCCAUAGAUACAUUGGAUCACAUCAGAGCACUGGACCGUUUGCAGGAAGUGCCACAUGAGGGUCCCAUGUGUGACCUGCUGUGGUCAGACCCCGACGACCGCGGCGGCUGGGGCAUCUCCCCCCGAGGAGCUGGCUACACUUUCGGUCAGGACAUUUCCGAGACUUUCAACCACGCCAACCGCCUCACACUGGUGUCCCGUGCCCACCAGCUGGUUAUGGAGGGUUACAACUGGUGCCAUGAGAGGAAUGUGGUUACAAUAUUUAGCGCUCCAAACUACUGCUAUCGCUGUGGCAACCAGGCAGCUAUCAUGGAACUAGACGACACCCUCCAAUACUCGUUCUUGCAGUUUGAUCCUGCGCCUCGCAGAGGGGAGCCUCAUGUCACUCGUCGCACCCCAGAUUACUUCCUGUAAACUAUGACCUUUGAUCAUUGUACAGUCAAGUCCAGUAUUGCCAUGAUAUAUGACCUUCAACUGAAA